GUGACGGGAUUCCAACCAAAAGGAUGAAGCUGGAACAGCCAGACAGCAAACCAACAUCUUCAGCUCACUCAUCCGUCCUGGAGGGCAAGAAGCGCAAGCGACUGGAUGAGGGUGAUGAGAAUCCAGCUCCACCCCAGCCCUCUGUCCAGGGAAGCAAAAGGCAACGACGAUUGGAUGAGGGUGAUGAGAAUCCAGCUAAAAGAAUAAAGCUGGAAAGGACAAAGAGCGACCCAACAUCUCCACCCCAGCUCUCUGUUCAAGAAAGCAAAGAGCAAAGGCAACUAGAUGAGGGUAAUGAGAAUCCAUCUGAAGGAAUAAAGCUGGAAAGGACAGAGAGGAACCAAACAUCUACACCCCAGCUCUCUGUCCUGGACUGCAAGAAGCACAAGCGACUAGAUGAAGGUGAUGAGAAUCCAGCUAAGAGGAUGAAGCUGGAAAAUCCACAGAGGAACCCAACAUCUCCACCCCAGCUCUCUGUCCAGGAGGGCAAGAAGCGCAAGCGACUAGAUGAGGGUGAUGAGAAUCCAGCUAAGAGGAUGAAGCUGGAAAAUCCACAGAGGAACCCAACAUCUCCACCCCAGCUCUCUGUCCAGGAGGGCAAGAAGCGCAAGCGACUAGAUGAGGGUGAUGAGAAUCCAGCUAAGAGGAUGAAGCUGUAAAUGACAGAGAGGAACCAAACAUCUCCACCGCAGCUCUCUGUCCAGGAGGGCAAGAAGCGCAAGCGACUAGAUGAGGAUGAUGAGAAUCCAGCUAAGAGGAUGAAGCUGGAAAGGACAGAGAGGAACCCAACAUCUCCACCCCAGCUCUCUGUCCAGGAAAGCAAAAGGUGACAAUGAUUGGAUGAGGGUGAUGAGAAUCCAGCUAAGAGGAUGAAGCUGGAAAAUCCACAGAGGAACCAAACAUCUCCACCCCAGCUCUCUGUCCAGGAGGGCAAGAAGCGCAAGCGACUAGAUGAGGAUGAUGAGAAUCCAGCUAAGGGGAUGAAGCUGGAAGGGACAGAGAGGAACCAAACAUCUCCACCCCAGCUCUCUGUCCAGGAAAGCAAAAGGUGACAAUGAUUGGAUGAGGGUGAUGAGAAUCCAGCUAAGUAAAUGAAGCUAGAAAGGACAGACAGCUCCACUUCAGACUUAAGACCAAGAAAGCAAAAAGCAAAGGUGACUAGAUGAUGGUGAUGAGAUUCCAGCUAAGAGGAUGAAGCUGGAAAAGACAGAGAUGAACCCAACAUCUCCACUCCAGACUUAAGGCCAGGAAAACAGAAAGCACAAGCUGCUGAUUGAGGCUGGUGAGAUGUAAGAAGCCGAGUGAACAUGAACAUGAACCACUAAGCUGGAGGAAUGAACAAGGUACCUCGAUUCACCCAACAUCAACGAGUCUUCCAGCCAGAUGAGCUUCACCUGAGCCGAUCUUAAUUAUUCAUCAAGGUUAUACAGGAAGAUCUUCCGGUGCAGUAAGUGAUAAACAUUUGUGUUGUUUUUCACCACCUGAGGUAAGAUUUACCCUGCUCAUAUUUCACACAGUUCUGCAGAGGCUCAUCGAACGUAAAAACUCAUUACUGUUCAGUUCAUAUUUAAAGCUAAUCUUGCAUUUGUAUUUUUAUCAUCCAGACCUACAAAAGAUCUACCGAGUAGGAAAAUCAUCUACAGCCGUGACCGGAGCAGGAUCAUGUUUGUUAAUGAAGAGAUGUGUGUGUGUGUGUGUGUGAUAAAUCUGUGUUUAUUAUUGCAGACAGUUUCUUCAUGAGGACGAGGUAAACACGCCGUUAGUGUAAAUACAAGUAGCAUGUAGAUUAAACCAGCAGCGCGUUCCUACAUGGUGUGAACAGCAUUAGAUCCCAGGCUGAGAUACCUACAAGACUUACAGAGGACGUCCUGCUUCAUUUAAUCCAAAUGCUUUAAAUAGAAAUAUAUGUUAAGAUACCGAGAGUUUUUACUGUAAUACAGACACAAUUUAAUGUAGUUUUCUGUUUCUGAAGAUA